UUCGGAUCUCACAAAUCAAAUUGUGGAACAUUAAUUAAUCCAUUUUAAGUAAAAUAUUUAUAACAUUUAUUAAACAUCAAAUAGUUUUGAAUAUAUUAUUUCAUCAGUAUCGAAGCAUUUGGCACACGGAAAAAAUGGGGCCAAAUCGAGAAUAUUUUCUAACAAGAUCGAGUGCUGACGUUCUCAUUAAUCUGGUAAAUUAUUUAAAUGAUAACGAAAUUGAAGAAGAACAAUUACAGGAUCAAAAUGUUUUGAAGACUAUAAUGAGUGAGGGGAUGAACAGAUAUGUAAACUAUCCACCUCCACCAAAAUAUUUAGACACACUUAAAAGUACGAUUCUAACUUUUACAAUGGAUUAUUUGAAAACUGUAAAUUUAUAUCGCAUCAAUACCGCCGUACUUCUCGUGGGAUGCAUUGAAUAUAUUUUGUUUCCCCAAUUGGACGAUGAAGAACUGAGAAAAAUAUAUUAUGGUGGUUACGAGAAGGCGAAAAAGAUAUAUAAUAAAUUGCGUGGUUUCCCAGAACAGAAAGAACAAAACAAUAAAAUAGUUAUAGCAGCUAAACAAUUUUUCGAAUGCAAAAUGUUUUUACGAAAAAGUGAAUUGUUAAAAACGAUACGAAAUUACUUGAGAGGCCUUGAGAUAGACUCUAACGAACUGCAUUUUAUACGAACAAAAUCUAUUGAAGUAAUUAAAGAAAAGGCAGCUAACGUCAUUGCUCAACUAUCAGUAAAUCGUAAGGGUACCAUCGAAGAUAAUCUACUCACGUCUGCUCCUGAAUUGAGCGUGUCGAAAUCAGUAAACCAUAAAUCUAUUUUACCUAACUCUAUUAAAUUAAUAAACAAAAGAAAGCCACUCCUCAUAACUCGAGAAUAUCUUAAUGCUAAAUGUAAUGCAGAGGUUAUAAUAAAUUUGCAAGAAUAUUUAAUUUUUGAGGAAGUUGAAAAAGAAAAUUUAAAUGAUGAAAAUCUUAGUAAUAUCAUUCGUAAGGGUAUGAAAAAACGUGUGAAUAGCUGGCCUAGACGAAGGGAACUCAACACAUUCAAACGCACACUUCUUGAUUUGACAACUGACUACUUAAAGACAAUACAUUUAUAUCGUAUGAAUUUUGGGGUAUUGCUGGUUGUGUGUGUCGAGGUAUUAUUACACCCAGGGGAAAAUAAUGAAAACUAUCUAAUGGUAUAUCGUUGUGAAAAAGUCAAAGCAGUCCAAGAAUAUAACAAACUGCGUAAUUUACCAGCAAAUCAGAAACAACCAGUGGAUAUAGCUAAAUCAGCUAGAUCUUUUUUUCGUUACGAUGCGUUCUUGAAGGAAAAUGGAUGUUUAAAAGCAAUACGGUCUUACUUGAACGCUAUAUCUGAUUAUAUUGACGAUGACGAGUUAUAUUAUGUAAGAGACACUUCAAUUCAAUUUAUACAUGAUAAUGCAGCUAAGUACCGAGUUGAACCGACACAAAAUAUCAUUCAUCCAACCGAUGAUCAUUAACUUUACCCAAGAACGAUCGACAGCUUCGUCUACCAACGCAAAAUGUGCCAUUGGUAAAAGUCUGAUUUAUCAAUCGUAUCAGAAACUCUGAGUCCAAAACUCUUUGGACCAGAUAGUAUUGGCUAGGAUAUCCAAUUCGAAUUUAUGAUCAGCAAAAAUUGUAGAAGUUCGCAAUUAUUUGUUGUGUGCUGGAUUUAUUUUCUAUCUUCUAUUCUAUAUAUUCUAUAUAUAUUCUAUAUAUAUUCUAUAAGUAGAAAAAGUCGGAAUCCCAUCCAAAAAAGAUAUUGAAAAUCCACUGAAGAAGAUAUGAAUAACACUAAUACCUUCACAUGAAACCCUGAGUUAACUCGAGAAUAUUUUAUAAUUCUAGUCGCAUUAACUGUCCCCCGAAUAAACAAAAAAAAAUUUGU